AUGAAUGCUGAGACUUGCGUCUCUUACUGCGAGUCGCCGGCUGCUGCCAUGGACGCCUACUACAGCCCGGUGUCGCAGAGCCGGGAGGGCUCGUCGCCUUUUAGGGCAUACCCCGGCGGUGAUAAGUUCAGCACAACUUUCCUGUCGGCUGCCGCCAAAGGGCAGGGAUUCGGGGACGCCAAGAGCCGCGCCCGCUACGGCGCGGGGCAGCAGGACCUGGCGGCACCCCUGGAGAGUGGCGCCGGAGCGCGGGGCUCCUUUAACAAGUUCCAGCCCCAGUCGCCGGCCCCACAGCCGCCGCCGCCGCAGCCGCAGCCGCCGCCGCAGCCACCCGCGCAGCAAACGCAUCUCUACUUGCAGCGAGGCGCCUGCAAGACGCCCCCGGACGGCACCCUCAAACUCCAGGAAGGCGGCGGCGGCCACAACGCGGCCUUGCAGGUUCCCUGCUACGCCAAAGAGAGCUCCCUGGGUGAGCCAGAGUUGCCGCCCGACUCUGACACCGUGGGGAUGGACAGCAGCUACCUCAGCGUGAAGGAGGCUGGGGUGAAGGGGCCCCAGGACCGGGCCAGCGCCGACCUCCCCAGCCCACUGGAGAAGGCGGACUCCGAGAGCAACAAGGGCAAGAAGCGGCGGAACCGAACGACCUUCACCAGCUACCAGCUGGAGGAGCUGGAGAAAGUCUUCCAGAAGACCCACUACCCCGACGUGUACGCGCGGGAGCAGCUGGCCAUGAGGACCGACCUCACCGAGGCCCGUGUGCAGGUCUGGUUCCAGAACCGGAGGGCCAAGUGGAGGAAGAGGGAGCGUUUUGGGCAGAUGCAGCAGGUUCGAACCCACUUCUCCACGGCCUAUGAGCUGCCCCUCCUCACCCGAGCGGAGAACUAUGCCCAGAUUCAGAACCCGUCCUGGAUCAGCAACAACGGGGCUGCCUCACCGGUGCCAGCGUGCGUGGUCCCCUGUGACCCCGUGCCCGCCUGCAUGUCCCCUCACGCUCACCCCCCCGGCUCUGGGGCCAGCGGCGUCACCGACUUCCUGGGUGUCUCUGGGGCUGGCAGCCACGUGGGCCAGACGCACAUGGGCAGCCUGUUUGGAGCCGCGGGCCUCAACCCGGGCCUCAACGGCUACGAGCUCAACGGUGAGCCAGACCGCAAGACGUCGAGCAUCGCGGCCCUCCGCAUGAAGGCCAAGGAGCACAGCGCGGCCAUCUCCUGGGCCACAUGACAGGGCACCCCCGUCCCAUCCCCGUGCCCUCGCCCACCUCGGGGCACUGGCCACGCCCAUGCUCCCCAGGCCCCCCAGCCCCUCACUCGACUUUCCUCUUAGGAACCUGGCCCGGGGCCGGGGGCCUGACCCUCAGCACUUUGCGCCGCUCCAAGUCUGAGGCCCCG